GUUUAAGAAGGGGUUUCAUCGUUCUUCGUCCGAUAGACUGUAUUGUCUCUUCCUCAAUGCCUUAAUUUUAUCUUCAAAAGAAAUGACAACUGCCGCCUCCUUCUUCCCAACACUUCAAGCUCCGAUUCAUGGCGGCAAUGCAUGGAAGAAACCCACCAAGAGAUGCAAGUGCGAAAGAAAAACCCACUUAUCAUUCAUUUCAACCUUCAAUUCCCUCUCAAAUUCUCCUCUUUCUUCUGUUUCUUUCCCCAUUAACUUCGAUUCCACUUCCGAACCAGUCCAACUUCAACCUCUAGCUGAUUCAGUUCAAGAAAAUUUCACAGAAACUCUCGACGGUUCCAUGAAUUUGCAGAUACCCAUGAGCGAAGUUCGCCAGAUUACUCGAGGGGAAUCAUCCCAAAGAAUUUUCAUUCAGGAUCCGCCAUGGAUAGCUUCAUUGUUCCUGAAGGGGCUUUACAAAAGCGUUCAAAAGGAAGUGAAGUUAGAAUAUAUGGAAAUUGAGAAGAGGAAGUAUAAUUUGCUGAGGAGGAGGCAAAUUAAGGCGGAGACAGAGGCUUGGGAGAAGAUGGUUGAGGAGUACAAGGAGUUAGAAAGAGAAAUGUGCGAGAAAAAAUUAGCACCGAAUUUGCCUUAUGUGAAGACGUUGUUUUUGGGUUGGUUUGAGCCAUUGAAGCAGGCUAUAGAGAAAGAGCAAAAAACGCAGCGGAGUAAGAAGCAGAAGGCGGCAUUUGCGCCUCAUAUAGAGUUAUUAUCUGCGGAUAAGAUGGCGGUUAUUGUGAUGUACAAGAUGAUGGGAUUGUUGAUGGUGGCACAGCAGGAUGGCUGUGUUCAGGUCGUUCAGGCUGCGGUUCAGAUUGGUGGUGCUAUAGAGCAGGAGGUUAGAAUUCAGAGCUUUCUGGACAAGGCUAGGAGUAACCAGAGAACAAAGGUUCCAGCUGAUACUGAGUGUUUGAGCAAGGAGAAAGAGGUAUUGAGGAAACGAGUUAAUGGUCUAAUUAGGAGAAGGAGACUGAAAGAGGUCCAAAAGUUGUUGAAGAAAGAAGAAUUUAAGGCUUGGGGUCGAGACACCCAGGCUAAGCUAGGAAGUCGUCUCAUAGAAUUGUUAAUUGAAUCAGCUUUCAUCCAACCUCCAGUUAGCCAGUCAGCUGACAGUCCACCUGAUAUUCGACCUGCAUUCUGGCAUAGGUUUAAACCUGUUGCAAAAACUCCAGGGCAGAAUAUUGUGAAGAAUUAUGGAGUUAUUGAAUGUGAUCCGAUAGUUCUUGCUGGGCUUGACAGAACUGCUAAGCAUAUGUUAAUUCCUUACAUCCCUAUGUUGGUUCCUCCUAGAAAAUGGAAAGGGUAUGAUAAAGGUGGACACUUUUUCUUACCUUCUUAUGUCAUGCGUACUCACGGAUCAAGUAGGCAACAAGAUGCCAUGAAGAACAUUUCUGGGAAACAGAUGCAGAAAGUAUUUGAGGCGCUGGAUAUGCUAGGGAGCACCAAGUGGAGGGUGAAUAGAAGGGUACUUAGUGUGGUGGAGAGUAUUUGGGCUCAAGGUGGCAAUACAGCUGGCCUUGUUGAUCGAAAAGAUGUUCCAAUUCCAGAGAAGCCUCUUGGGGAUUUGACAGAUAUGCAAGAAUGGAAAUGGAGCAUGAGGAAGGCAAAGAAAAUCAACCAAGAGUUGCAUUCCCAACGAUGUGAUGUUGAACUUAAGCUUUCGGUUGCUCGCAGAAUGAAGGAUGAGGAAGGCUUUUAUUACCCUCAUAAUCUUGAUUUUCGUGGCCGAGCUUACCCAAUGCAUCCACAUCUAAAUCACUUGAGUUCUGAUCUCUGUCGAGGAGUCCUCGAGUUUGCUGAAGGACGACCUUUGGGAAAGUCUGGUUUGCGUUGGCUAAAGAUACAUUUAGCUAAUUUGUAUGCUGGUGGUGUUGAAAAACUUUCCUAUGACAGACGUGUAGCAUUUGUGGAUGACCAUCUGGAUAGCAUAUUUGAUUCUGCAAGUAACCCAGUUAAUGGAGAUCGUUGGUGGUUAACUGCUGAAGAUCCUUUCCAAUGCUUGGCCGCUUGUAUCAAUCUAUCCGAAGCCCUAAAGAGCUCAUCACCUCACACUGUCAUUUCCCAUCUGCCAAUCCAUCAGGAUGGGUCAUGCAAUGGCUUACAGCACUAUGCAGCUUUGGGAAGAGACACUUUAGAAGCAGCUGCUGUAAACUUAGUUGCUGGAGAAAAACCUGCUGAUGUUUACUCGGAAAUUGCUGCCAGGGUUCACACUAUCAUGAUCAGGGAUGGUAACAAGGAUCCAACGACAAAUCCAAAUGCUUUACUGGCUAAGAUCCUCAUUGAUCAGGUUGAUCGCAAACUGGUGAAACAGACAGUGAUGACUUCUGUAUAUGGUGUCACAUAUGUUGGUGCUCGCGAACAAAUUAAAAGAAGACUAGAGGAGAAAGGCGUUAUUUCUGAUGAUCGACUACUGUUUAGAGCGGCCUGUUAUGCUGCUAAAGUGACGUUGGCUGCACUUGGAGAGAUAUUUGAAGCUGCACGUGGGAUAAUGGGUUGGCUUGGUGAUUGUGCUAAGGUAAUUGCUGCAGAUAACCAGCCUGUGCGUUGGACCACUCCCCUUGGUCUCCCUGUGGUACAACCUUACUAUAAAAGUGAACGGCAUCUUAUUAGGACAUCUCUUCAAGUUUUGGCAUUACGACGAGAGGGUAACUCGGUGGAUGUUAGAAAGCAGAGAACUGCAUUUCCUCCCAAUUUUGUACACUCACUGGAUGGUUCACAUAUGAUGCUCACUGCUGUUGCCUGUAGAGAUGCUGGCUUACGUUUUGCAGGGGUGCAUGACUCCUUCUGGACACAUGCCUGUGAUGUAGACCAGAUGAAUCUGAUACUAAGGGAAAAAUUUGUGGAGCUUUAUAAUAUGCCAGUUCUUGAAAGUUUGCUCGAAGGCUUUGAAACAACAUAUCCAGGGUUGACAUUCCCUUCCCUUCCUGAGAGAGGCGAUUUUGACUUGCAAGAGGUUCUUAAGUCUCCUUACUUCUUCAACUGAUUCUUCGCAGCCCAACAGCAGGCAUGACAUUCUGCAGAAACAAGAUUUAGUGAAAACUUGUAUAGGAAACAAUUUUAAGUAGUAGAUGUAAAGCUGAUACAAGAAACAGGAAGCGCGAAGGCCAGAGCUGCUUUGAUCGUGGCAGGAAUGGCGAAAGCAUUCCAAUUUGUUGCUCAGCUCUUCUUGCUCUGCAAUCCUGUCAGCACACUAUAAACAUCCUGCUUUCAGGUAAAUGAACGUUUUCUCGGGUUGUCUCUCUAGCAGAUCUUGAUGGAUACUCACGCUAUCUAUGAGCUGACAGUAAUUCAGCCGAGACCGAGACUCGAGCAGGCAUCUUGGAGUUGGCAGCUUUUUUCAUCUGACUUCCGACUUUGAGCGUUCACUUACAUGCUGCAGAUGAGUAUUCUUUUCUCCCAUAUCUUAAUGUAUAAAAUUUACUCAGUAUCAAUUAGAAAGGAAAAGCAGGGUAUUAGAAAGCCUUUGUUUUCAAUUAGAAAGGAAUGUGAGCUAUUAGAAGCCUUCAUUUUGUGUAUGUGUAUAGGUUCCCUAGUAAACUAUGUACCAUAUUCUUUCAAUAAUUAAAGCAAGCUAUCUUUUUGAGCCCUCCAAGUUAUAUUUAAACAUUUUUUAAUCAUACAAUUUUCUUAAUUGCUGAGCAUCCAGUUUGACCACUAAUUUUAAAGCCAGGUAUGUGGAAACUUUUCUUGUAGAAAAUCUUGAACUCGUCCUCAUUCCUCAAAGUUGGAGAUGUGGGAUGAAAUUUUCCUCAGGGAUGGAGAAGCCCCAGUUCAACCUUGCCAUCCUUAAUCAAUCAGAUAUUGUUUUACUUAAACAAUAACAAAAUGCCAGUUAUAUUAUUGUUACAGUUUCUUUAGAUUAAUUAUUUUAAAAUUAUUUGUUAAUGGCAACAUGUAAACAAGUUUAUUUUGAUAACGUAUUUACUCCUUUCUUUAA